AUGGACUCACUUCCGUACGAAAUUUCCUUCUCCAUUUUUCAUGAGUCGAAACGGGACGAUUUGUUAAAUUUUGGUCUCACAUCUAGACAUAACCUGCAACUUGUUGUACCGAUACUAGCAGGCUACAGACUUCUCGGUGCUUUAAUUCGAAAGAGAGAUGUCACCAAGGUCCUGCUAUCAUCGCUAGCGAUUCCUCAUCUAGACCUGUUCAUCCAACAUGAUGGCAAGUCAAUUAUUCAUCAUGCAAUACAACAUGGUCACCAUCAGGUUGCUGAGCAGCUAGUCUCCAAGGCCCCGCGAUUACUUCAGACGGAGGAUAAGCGGAUGAGGACUCCUUUGGUAUACGCGGUUAUUCAAAGACAAUACACGCUGGUGAAAAGUUUCAUCAGCAAGGGAGUUGUAUUGCUUAAUCACCAAGAUGACACUGGCUCAACUGCGCUUCAUUACGCAGCAGAUUUCGGAUCCACAGUAAUGGUCCAGCAUCUGUUAGAUGCUAAUGCAGAUGACUCUCUUGAAAAUUCGAGCAGACGAACACCAUUGCUACUGGCAGUAAGAGGGAACCAUACAAGCGUCGCAUUCCAGCUAAUAGCGCACGGCGCAGAUACCAGGGCGCACGAUGAAGAACACGAUGCAUUAUUUUGGGCGGUAUUUCACAGAAACAUUAUCUUAGUACGGCAGCUUCUGGACAAUGGGGCUACCCCUCAGGGAUUUGUACCAGCAUCUGGCGAUACAAUUCUCCAUCGAGCGAUCUUCUAUGGUUAUAAUGUAAUUUGGGAGCUGGUUUCAAGAGGAGCCAAUAUCCACGCCAGAAACAACGCUGGCAACACACCAUUAGAGCUCGCAUAUCGCUACGGUGGCGAGCCUAAGGUACAGAUGCUGGAAAGACGCUUGUAA